AUGAAUAAUUAUUACGCAGAGAAUGGCUAAGAUGAUGAAUAUGACGAAGAAGGCUUUCGAAUUGAAAAACCUCCUUUAAAUUUGAAACUAGUCAAGAGCAACCUUUAACUCCUGAAGCAGAAAAUCUAAAUAAAAGAAUAGCCAGGGCCAUACCCUCCAUCAGAUGAAGAAGGUGAAGUGGUAUAUGAUGAAUCAACAAUGAAUCAUGAGAACCCAGGAACUUACCAUAAUAACUUCUAUCGGAAAGUCUUUGUACCUCAACAUCUGAAAUCCUUUGAUGUCUCUUAAUGGAAUCCUAAUGAUCCUUAUAGAUAACUUAAAUAUGCUAAUUCAGCCUCUAGUCUAGGCACAUAGUCUGCUGGGAAUAAUCAAAGAUAAAGUAGGAGAGAGCAGUUUAACUUUGGAUCAAAACUUUUGGAGAAACUGGCUUAGAGGAAAAGCUAGUUGCGUGCUAGUAUGGACUAGAAUGCAUAUAUCAGUAUUAGAGAGCAUGGAGAAGAAAAUCAGGGUCAAUCCGAUGAGAAGAUUGAUCGUGCUAGAGACAAGUUGCGCAGACUUAAUAGGUAGAAGGCAUCGGGGGAGAAGGACAAUGAUGAAAACUAGUAUAAAAAGCCAAAGAUUAGACUUCCUCCAAUUAAAAAUGUGAAGAAUCAGACUUAGAAUGACUAUAAUGAAGAGUAGCCUAGCAGGAUUAAGAAGAAUUUGAAGAGUUAGUUUGAUGCUCAAGAGCCUAAUUAUAAUUAAAAGAAUAUGAAUGAGGCAGAAGAAGAUGGUGAUUGGGAUAAUAAGAAAAUAAAACCUAAAGGACUUAGAUUUGACAUUGCAGAGUAAGAAGAGGAAGAACAGCCUCUGAGAAUGCCUCCUAUAAUUCCAAAGAAAAGCAAAAUAAUUGAGAAGGUGUAGAACCUCUAAAAGUAAAAGCAAAAUAAGAAAGGCAAUUAAGGUGGAGGAACUGGUGCAGAUAAAGCCAAAAAUACAAAAUGGAGGCAAAAGAGUGAGCAAUUCAGAUCAGCUAUGAAAGCUGCUAGAGGAGGUGGUGUCUCUGAUACUGAGCUAGCUGCCUAGUAUGACGAUAGGAAGUAAUGCCCUAACUGCAAGAGAAAAUUUAACGAGCUGGCUGCUGAAAAGCAUAUAAGAAUGUGCAACUAGAAGCAUAGGGCUAAAGGUGUCAAAGUAUUUUGA